UCUUGAACGAUUAUCGUGACGGAGCAUGUUUGCACCACUAAUGUAAUGUUGCAAAACCACAUUUUAAGCUCUAAUCACUCUAGGUUCGUAGCUAACACUUGCACAUAAAAAAGAAGUCAUUUUUUUCAAUAAAAUAAUUGGAUUUUUUAUUAUUUAUCAUUCUACAUUAAGAUAAAAGAAAUUUUCAUUAUGCCCGUUUGAUCUAAUCUAAUUUUACCCUUAUUUAUUGAUGUAUGUUUUUUAACCCCCCCCAAAAAAAAAAAAAAAAAAAAAAACCGUUUUUAUGAGAAAAUUUAAAAAGCAAAGAAAGUAGACGAGGAAAACUUUUUAACCAUCCAAACGAACGAGGGUGAAACAAAGCGGACGCCGCCGUAGCUUCGCUUCGCAGCAGAAACCUUCUUCUUAUACACCCAGGCUCUCUCUCUCUCUCUCUCUCUCCAAACCCAAUUUCAGCUCCGCCUUCGUCUCUGUAGCAAAGUUUUAUUUUCCUACAUGGAGCAAAUGGAGGAGCCAAUUUUAGAUGCCAUAUAUGGUGGAGCUGUAAAUUUUACUGACAAUGGUGCAGAAGCAGAGUCUUUCAAGCAUCGGGUUGAUGAAAUUUUCGUAAAAGUUGAUAAGCUUGAGCAAAGAGUGAAUGAGAUAGAGCAGUCGAGUAAAAAACAGCCGAAUGCAUGUAAAAGUAGCUCAACUGUGAAGGAUAAAGACAAACAUAUCCCAAGUAUGAAGAAGCAGCAGCAGGAUGCAGCAUGUAGGGAAGCAGCUUCUGCAAAGAGAAUGCAGGAACUUAUGCGCCACUUUGGCACAAUAUUGCGUCAGGUUAUUGACAAGCCAAUGGACUUCAGUACAAUUAAAAACCAAAUGGAGGCCAAGGAUGGUACUGGAUAUAAAAACGUUCGGGAGAUAUGUGCUGAUGUGAGAUUAGUCUUCAAAAACGCGAUGAAAUAUAAUGAUGAGAGAAGUGAUGUUCAUGUUAUGGCCAAAACUUUGAUGGCGAAAUUUGAGGAGAAGUGGCUGCAGCUUCUUCCUAAAGUUACUGAAGAGGAAAAAAGGCUAGAAGAAGAGGAGGCUGAAGCACAGUUAAAAAUGCAGCUUGCUGAAGAGGCUGCUCGUGCCAAAAUGGCUAGAGAUUUAAGUAACGAGCUUUAUGAGGUUGAUAUGCAUUUGGAAGAACUCCGAGAAAUGGUUGUUCAGAAGUGCAGAAAAAUGUCGACUGAAGAAAAGAGAAAACUUGGGGUAGCCCUUACCAGAUUGUCGCCUGAGGAUCUCAGCAAGGCAUUAGAUAUUGUUGCACAAAAUAAUCCAGGUUUCCAGGCUACUGCUGAUGAGGUGGACCUUGACAUUGAUGCUCAGACUGAGUCUACCUUGUGGAGGUUGAAGUUUUUUGUGAAGGAUGCUAUAGAAGUUCAAGGCAAGAGUUCGGCCAGCAUGGGCGGCAACACCAAUACCAACACUAAUAACCACAACAGCGGCAACAAAACUAAUAACAAUCUCACCAAUGCUACAAAUAAGCGAAAAAGAGAGAUUUCUGAUGCUAUCGUCAAAACUGCCAAGAAAAAGAAUAAAAAGCCAUCUCCUUGAUCAUGUCAUGCGACUCAUGCCAUGGGAGAGCAUUAGGUUGUAUGUUUGGGAAAAUUGUGAAGGCAAUCGUGUUAUAGGUGCUGUUUCUCAAUACAAUAACCAAAGUCUGCCUCUGAUGGUGGUGCUCUGCCAUGGUUGCCAGAUUUACAGCAAAUUGUAGACUAGGAGAUCGCCUUUAGCACACUAAGCUUAAAUAGUCAAAAUUAGUGUGUCUAUCUAAUUAGUUUAUCUUUUUUGAGUCUUUCUAAUUUUCCUUUUGGUUUUUAAGUUGUCUAAUCUAAUUCCAAUGUGGAAAUUACAAUUAUUUCAAAAUGUGAGGCCAGCUAACUUCAAUAGUAGUAGCAUGUGUGGCAUGUUGAUUUCGAUA